UCUUUAAAUACUUAAUUUUGAAAUGUUUAAAAAAAACAUAUAUCCUUAUAGUUUUAGUACGUCUAGACAAUGAAUUGAUAUACUAACAUAAUAAAAUGAUAUUUUAUUUUUGAGGUAUGGAUAUUGAUGAAGCGAUGACUCCCGAAGGCUCGCCUUCUCGUAAUGAUGAAUUUCAGAGAAAGCGUUCACGGUCUUCCUCCAAGGCAGCAGCUAAGUCUAAGAGAGGCAAAAAGCGAUCAAAAAAGAAACGCAAAGAGUCUUCCAGCUCCUCCUCCUCCAACAGUGAGUCACCCCGUAGUUCACGGUGUGCAAGUAAGAGACGAUCCAAGGAAAAAGGUAGUUGGUCUACUGAACAGGUACUGGAUAUAUUUAAUACCCUUCAAGGGCAUAAGUGCAAGAUAAGUAAUUUAAAUAAUAAUCUUCUCAACAAUGUAAUACCAGAAUUUGAUCCGUCAAGUAAAACUCAGAAUAUCGACUGUUGGGUUAGGAAAGUAAAUGAAUGUGCUUUAAUCUAUGAAUGGGACGAAAAGCAGACCAUACAUUUUGCUCUGCAGAAACUGUCUGGCUUGCCAAAGAAGUGGUUCGAAGCCCUUCCUAGCGUUGUUUUCAAUUGGUCAGAGUGGCAGGACAAACUUACAAGAGCUUUCCCAAAUGAGCAAAAUUAUGGUCGGCUUCUCGAAGAAAUGUUAUCUCGCAGUACUCGUAGUAACGAAAGUUUACGUGAGUACUUCUACGAUAAGUUAACGUUGUUGAACAGAUGUGAAAUAAGAGGCAAAAAGGACGUCGAUUGUAUUAUCCACGGAAUACUAGAUACAUCUAUUAGAAGCAGUGCACAGGCACUGACUUGUCGCGAACCGGAAGACUUGUUGAAUUUUCUAAGCUCCCAACGUCCUAUGUUAGAAAAUAAAACAUUCAAUAGGAAACGUAGCGAUAAUACGAUAGUUCGAACGGGUAACACUGCAUCAUCCUCAGGCGAAAGUUUGUUAACUUGUUUCAAUUGCCGCUCAAAGGGACACCCUUACCUUCGAUGCCCUAAACCUCUUACGAAAUGUGUAAAAUGCCAUCAGGUAGGCCACAACAGCGAUAAUUGUAAACUAGAGCCGUUGAUCUUGCGAAAUGAGCCUAAACAAAUUUUUAACUAUAUCUACCCUCAGUAACAACAGCGACAAAUUUUACAAAACGGUUAAGGUAAACGAUAAGUCUUUAACUGCAUUUAUUGAUUUCGGCAGUGAAUGUAGUUUAAUCAGGGAAUCUGAUGCUCAAAGUCUGAAUUUAACUAAAAACUCAACGGAGUUGCCAGUAAUCAAAGGGUUCGGGAACUCUAAAGUAUUUCCAGUAUAUAGGACCAACGUCGAUUUGAAAUUAGAUGAAGUUGAGGUUAAUGUAGAGUAUUUAAGAAUAGUCGUCAGUUAACUUUUUACCAGAGCCCUGAUAUCGAUACCAUACCAGAGCCGGUAAAAUGUUUGAAGUUAAAUCUUGAUAACGAUACCGACAUUUCAUUAUCACGGUUAGUUGAAGCUACCGCAUCUGACGCUGACUUCUGUGGAGAUAUUUAUAUUGAAGGUUAUUGUAAUGGUGAGCCUAGGAAAGAGCAUUAUUUGCACCAGGGAAUUUAUAGGGUUGUUGAUGGAAAGUGCUAUUUGCCCGUGACAAAUUUAUCUGGUCAAAAUCUCACAUUAUCCAAGAAAUGCCCUAUUGCUAAAGGAACUUGUUUUGUUGAAAAAGAUAGUACCUAUGUAAAUAAAGUAACCAAAAAUAAUUCGGAAUAUGAGCCUUUACUAAUAUCUGACAUAAAUGUUGGUCCCCAAGUUAACAAAGAGGCAUUAGUUAGACUUCAUUCGCUUUUACUCAAUUAUCGAGAUUGCUUUGCAUUUAAUUUAGGAGAAAUAGGUUGUAUCA